UCCAGGAGCAGCAGUGGGAGAGCAGGUACAUAGUGCUACAGGGCGCAGCUCACACAUGAUCACCUUAAUCUUCACUGCCCUCCCCGGGCUGCUGCUCCUCCCGAUACUUAUCAGUUUCAUCUUCCCCUACAUCUUUCAGGACAUCGCCUGGUUCAUCACAGCCUUGCGCUUUGGAAUAAGGAGCAGGCGCUAUGUUAAUAAAACUCCUGCGCACUCGGUGGUGGAUCUGUUCCUGGAGAAGGUGGAGAGGCACCCGGACAAGCCGUUCGUGCUGUUUAAGGAGGAGGUUUACACUUACUCCCAUAUGGACAAGCUCAGUAACCAGGCGGCCAGGGCGCUGCGCAAGUUUGCGGGGAUCAAGUCAGGGGACUGUGUGGCGAUCUUCAUGGCCAAUGCGCCGGCGUACAUCUGGAUCUGGCUUGGGGUAGCCAAACUGGGCAGCUCCAUUGCUUGUCUCAAUAAUAACAUCAGGUCCCAGUCCUUCCUGCACUGCUUCAGAUCCUCCGGGGCUAAAGUUCUAUUGGCUGAACCAGAGCUGAAGGAUGCCAUACAAGAGGUGAUGCCAGAACUCAGGAAAGAUCAUGUCCGAGUGUUCUUUCUGACUGAUGCAGUCAUCAGCGAGGGAACAGAAUCUUUUCUUGACAAAGUAAAGGCAGCAUCAGAUGAACCUGUACCAAAAUCAUUGAGGUCGUAUGUGAGUGGGAAAUCCCUUGCCAUGUACAUUUACACUUCUGGAACUACAGGACUCCCUAAGGCAGCUUUGGUAAAUCACUACCGUUUGAUGAUGGCAUGUGGCUUAUUUGAAAUUUGCAACGUGAAGGCAAGGGAUGUUGUGUAUUGUCCCCUUCCGCUGUAUCACAGCUCUGCCAUGAUGAUUGGGGUUCAUGGAUGCAUCUCUAGAGGUGCAACAUUGGUUUUGCGUCCAAAGUUUUCAGCCAGCCAGUUUUGGGAUGACUGCAGAAAAUACAAUGUCACCAUUGUACAGUACAUUGGAGAAGUACUUCGCUAUCUUUGCAAUGUCCCCAAGAGCGAUGAUGAUGCUUCACAUAAUGUAAGGAUGGCUAUAGGAAAUGGUCUCCGGACUGAUGUAUGGAGCGAGUUCCUUAGGAGAUUUGGGGAAAUCCAAAUCUAUGAAUUUUAUGCAUCCACAGAAGGAAAUAUAGCAUUUGUAAAUUACACCAACACUGUUGGUUCAGUGGGAAGAGUCAGCAGCUUUUAUAAGAAAUUACACUCUUUUGAAUUUAUUAAAUAUGAUAUAGAAAAGGAUGAGCCUGUGAGGGAUGCCAAGGGCUGUUGUAUCAAAGCUCGCAAAGGCCAACCAGGGCUUUUGGUUUGUAAGAUUAGCUCAAGUUCUCCAUUUGAUGGCUAUGCUGGAGAUCAACACAACACAGAAAAGAAAAUAAUGAGAGACGUUUUCCGGAAAGGCGAUGCCUAUUUUAAUUCUGGCGACCUAUUAACAGUGGACCAGCAAAACUUUGUCUAUUUUCAUGAUCGUGUUGGAGACACUUUCAGGUGGAAAGGAGAAAAUGUAGCAACAACAGAAGUUGCUGAUAUUCUGGGCAUUGUGAAUUUUAUCCAAGAAGUCAAUGUCUAUGGUGCCCAAGUUCCAAAUCACGAAGGCCGGAUUGGAAUGGCAGCCCUGAUAUUGUACGAUGAGGAGGUAUUCGAUGGAAGAAAGCUAUACGCACACGUCAGAGACUUCCUGCCGAACUAUGCAAGGCCUCGCUUUAUUAGGAUCCAGAAUUCCAUGGAUAUCACUGGGACCUUUAAACAGCGUAAGGUGGGGCUUGCAAAGGAAGGAUUCGAUCCGGCCAUUAUCUCUGACCCUCUCUAUUUUCUGGAUGAGCGAGAAAAGAAAUACGUCCCAAUGACUCAGACAAUUUAUGAAGAUAUUAAAAUGAAAAAAAUUAAACUGUAAGAUCCAAGAAUCUUGGUCUGGGCGAAACCACACAUACAGCUUGUUUUUAGUGUAAUUAAAAGAUAUUGUUAAUAUAA